AUGGCUAAAAUGCAGACUUUAACAGUGGAGAAUCUUGCGGGUCACCAUAGCGACCACUUCAGAAGCAAGCGGCCAUCACUGGUCUCGAAGGAGGGCAGCGAGGGUUCCCAUACGACCAAUUACAGUAUGCGCCGGAUGUCGCGUUUCGAGGGCCGCCCUAGCGUCCAGUAUAACCGCCGGAUAUCCAUGGUGUCCCGAUCCAGCGUAACCGGAAGUUUGUUUGGAAUUAAGAACAUUGGACUGUUUCCAGUGAAGCGGCAGAAUACGUACAAGCUGCAGCCGGACCACAGUGAAGUGUUCAAGCCCGAAAGUGUGCGUGCCAUUAUACAGGAAGUUCUCGAUGAAUGCCUGGACGGUGAGACGUACAACCCUAGACAGUGCCGGAACCUCUCACAGAUGCUCACGGACCUCAUCAAGUCGCGCGUGAAGGACAUGGGAUUUCAGCGCUACAAGUAUAUAGUGACGGUGACCAUUGGUCUGGACAGUAACCAGGGAUUCCGUGUAGUCAGUCGGUGUCUGUGGAACAAGGACACGGACAAUUACGCCGAGGCGAGUUAUAACAAGAAUGGAUUGUACGCGGUGGCUGCUGUGUACGCGUGUUAUUGUGAAUAG